AUGAACAGUGAAGGGGCAGCUGCAGGCCUGGAGCCGGUCUUUCCAUUAUUAGGCCACCCCCCACUUGUGGGCCUUUGGGGUUGGGGGGUGCUGAGCACGCUCAGAUGCCCCUUGCCUCAGGCCGCAGCCCCAGCCCCAGCCCCAGCAGUGCCUUUCAAGCGGGCCCUCACCUGCUGUGUGCAGCCUUCCCACUUCCUGUUUCCCAGCGUGGUCCAGGCAGGGAUGGCUGGUUGGGCCCAGUUUGCUCCCGUCUCCGCCCCACCGCUGCUGACACUGAUGCUCCCUAACGGGGGCCAGAGGAAGGGAAGCUGA